CGUACUGUUGCUGCUACCUGCUAAACACAAACCAUCGAGUAGAUGUUAAAAACCAGUUAGUUUGUUUUGUGAAUAAGAAGUAGCUUUGCAGCAGUUGAUUGGACCGCCUGUCUGAUGAGUGGUGGUCAGAGAUGAGCGUCACUUUGGAUAUAAGACUGAAAAGAGCGAACAAAGUUUAUCAUGAAGGGGAAACGGUGGCCGGCGUCAUUGUGCUGGCGUGUAAGGAGGCAAUGCAGCAUCACGGCAUCUCUCUGAGCAUGGAAGGACUGGUGAACCUGCAGCUGAGCUCCAAGAGCGUCGGUGUCUUCGAGGCUUUCUACAACUCUGUCAAGCCCAUCCAGCUGAUCAGCUGUAACAUUGAGGUGGCCAAGGCAGGAAAGAUCCCAGGAGGCAAGACUGAGAUCCCCUUUGAGUUCCCUCUGCUGACAAAAGGCAACAAAGUGCUUUAUGAAACCUACCAUGGUGUUUUUGUCAACAUUCAGUACACGCUCCGCUGUGAUAUGAAGCGUUCCCUGCUGGCCAAAGACCUGAGCAGGAACUGUGAGUUCAUCGUGCACUGUCAGCCGCAGAAAGCAAAAGUUGUUCCGACUCCAGUCAACUUCUCCAUUACUCCAGACACCCUGCAGAACAUCCGUGAGCGGAGUUCACUGCCAAAAUUUCUGAUCAAAGGCCAUUUAGACGCCACCAACUGUGUGAUCAGCCAGCCGCUGACGGGAGAGCUGGUGGUGGAGAAUUCAGACGUUCCUAUCAAGAGUAUCGAGCUGCAGCUGGUACGAGUGGAGACCUGCGGUUGUGCUGAAGGUUACGCCAGAGACGCCACUGAGAUCCAGAACAUCCAGAUAGCCGAAGGUGACGUCUGCCACGGCCUCCCGAUUCCCAUCUACAUGGUCUUCCCCAGGCUGUUCACCUGCCCCACUCUGGAGACCACCAACUUCAAAGUCGAGUUUGAAGUCAACGUUGUCAUCGUGCUUCAUGACGAUCAUCUGAUCACAGAGAACUUCCCUCUGAAGCUGUGCAGGGUCUGAACCCGAACAUCACGUCAUCGCUGAGAUAAUUUCACUGGAAGCCUGUUAAGUUUUCACCUUCUCUGCAACGCACUUAUAACCCACAAACACCUCUGUGCUGUUUAUGUCGACAUCUGAACUGAUUUUUGAAGCCAGAAUAAUAAUGAUAAUGCUAACCUAGUGUCACUGAUAGGAAAUGGAUUAUGUGAUUUAAAAAGCCUUGCCAGGUUUCCUUCAUAAAAGCCGAUGAAUAUAAUGAAUAUGACAAGAAGUGUUUAAUAGUUUAUUACUUUGAUUCACUGUAAUAAAUGUCACUUUUUUAUUUUGUGUAUUACAUAUUUGCAUUUUAAAUGAUGACAUGUGCACUUUGUAAAGUUUAAGGACCAGUAAAGCAAAUUAAAUUCUGUUCAAUAAUGA